UGGUGAUGAAGUUCAGAUGCGCGCUGCUCCAUUUGCGCGCACACAGGAGCUCUCGGACGUUACGAGUGGGUAUAAAGAUGUGACUCCCACGAGUAGGGACAUCUUUACGAAGACCAAAGACAUCUCCGUGUGGUGCGGUUGUGUUUUCGGACUAUAUGCACUGAUUUGUAGCGGGAACACAAAGCCAGCUGCGUUGUUAGUUUUUCAGCGGUACAGCGGUAUUCGCGUCCGCCCCCCACUUUCACAGAUUCUCCAGCCUGAGGUGAGGAGAAGCUCCUCUCGCUCUCAGCAGCUUUGGAACACUUUUCCCGGACAUAGCGGUGUGCGUUUUUAUAUUUGGACUCGGGAAAUGUCGGCAUGGCCGCCUCGGGAGCACAUAAGUGUCCGAAAAGUGAGAAGUUGGACGAGGCACAAGCUUUGGCCAAAAGCUGCGCGGGGAGACCAGACUUCCUGCCUUGCGAUGGACUCUCCAUUUGCGCCACACACAGCCAUGGGAAGUGCUUCAAGCUGCACUGGUGCUGCCACUUGGGCUGGUGUCACUGUAAAUAUGUGUACCAGCCCAUGACAAAUGUGUGCCAUCUGCCCAGCACAGCAGUGCCCCCUGAAGGAUCGGAGUACAGCGACACUAUUGACCUGUCCUCAUCUCUGGCCGAGCGCUUCCUAAAGCUGGCCCCAAGCUUCCAGUCUCCCCCUCCCCUCGAGUCGCCCAAGUACUGCGUCAUCGCCGACCUGUUUGUGGACGACUACAUAGUCAAACGUAUCAACGGCAAAAUGUGCUACGUGCAGCGCCCCCCACCUCCAAUGCCUGAACCUCCCAAUCCUCCUAGUCCUCCCCCACCUGCCCCCGCUACCCCUCAGGUGCCCCAGAACCCUCCUGCACCCCAACCCAAAGCCCCUAAACUGAACACAGCCUCCCCCAAAGCCAAGCCACCUCCAGCAGCUGUCCAAACGCAACACAAGACCGCCUCGCCUGUGGACAAGGUAAAAGGACCCAAAAUGGAGCACUGUUCUUCCCCAUCCAGCUCGGAGGACUCGGGCAUCAAUGCUCUGGGCCUGCACUUCAUGGAGUCGUGUGAGGACAGCGAGGAGGACGAUGGACUGAGCACGGACGGGAACUCCAGCCCAGGCAGCCUGUGGGACCAGGACGAGUGCUCUGUGCUGUCCCCAUCUAAAUCUAUGAUAGAGAUCAUCGAGAAGAUAGAGACUACGGUGUAACUGACACAGAGGGAGUGGACGCCAUCUUACAGGGACGAAAUCUGCGGAUGAGGAUAUUAUAGGAAUAACAAUCAAGCAUUUGUUUCAGGCCACAUUAUUAGAUAUGUAUUUUCAAGUACAAUGUAGUAUGCUACUAAAUGUGAUGCUGAACCUGCUCAAAGUUAAUAAGGGAAAGAUUAUUUAAGUAAAUGGGGUUGUGCUCAAAAUAUAAUAUAAUAGUGCUUAGAAAGAAGGGUCAAAAUAGCAAUUAUGUGAGCAAAAUUACAUGUAAUAAAAUAUCCACUAGUUCAAUAUGACACAAAAGUAGAUCAACAAUGUACCUCUAGACUCAACAAGUUAUUUUAAAGUUGAAUUGAAUGGUAUUAUCAACAUUACAAAUCAAUAUAUGUAUAAGAUGUGCAAAAUUUCAACAUCAAAAAGGCUCUAAUGAUCUUAAGAAACCCUAGAAAAUGUGUAUCUAAUAAUGUGGCAAGUGAACAUAGAAAUGGUUUGUGUGCAGCGGGUUUUGUACAAUGGAACUGACCAAGGACUAUCCUAUCUAUCACUUAGCCUGUCCACGCACCCCAGCAUGGAGACAUUUUCCAACUUCGAGAAAGCACAAAGCCGCCAAGCACAUGCACAGUGGACCAAACACAUCUCUUGCACUGGGACAUGACAUGGUUAAAAGAGCUCAACCCGAUUUAGCCUAGCCACACUCCCAUCUGAGGAUUUUUGUAAAGGUCUAUUUAAGAAUAUGUGACUGGAUGAAUAAUGUAUGAUAGCAGCUGAUAGACUGGGUUUCUUGAUGAUAAUGAGCAGUUAGGUCAUUCCUGUUCUCCUGUCAACUUUCAAGUGGCCAAAAACUUGAAGCAUGCCAUUUCUCCUGUCAGUGAUUCUACCGUCACAUUAGCAUCUCUCCUGCUAAAUCGAUAUAAAUGUCUUCUUGCAACUGUUAUAGAUCUAUAGCACAUUGACCUAUGAGCUGGUUAUUAUGGAGUAUCUAUUUUCACAUAUUAUGAAAGCUGCCCAAAGUUUGUUCACAUACAAUUUCUUUGACGCCAUUGUAGUGUUAGACAGUGUUAGACAAUCAAGGAAUAGACAAAGCACAUUUUAAUGCUCUAUCUGCCAGUGAGGACCAAGCACAUGUCUUGGGGGGACACUCACAUAAACAGGGAAUGGUUAAAGAUAAUUAUGAUGUUAAAGGGGCUAUAUGUAAACAACAAAAAAAAAACUUUAAAAUGACUUGUAAUAUGUAGAUGUCUGCCAUAUAUUGUCUAAAAUAUAUCAUAUACUGUAUAAUAUAUAUUGAAAAUUGUAACAGGAGCCAAGAAAUUUGAUAAAAGUGGCACAAAGUAACUAAUAUGGACAGCCCACAUUUGUUUAUUUACCUUAUUCCGGACAUUAUCAUUCGGGUUGUAUUAUUUUGUAUGAGGCCGCCGAUCUUGGCAGCAAAUAAGUUAUAUACGGAGUUUAAAGCCUCCCAGAGAAUCGUUGCAGUGUUGACUUGUUGAUCACAUGAAUAUUGAACAUUUUACAUUACUGAACCUACUUAAUAUAAUAUUUUAGCAGCAAAACUCCACUGAAAUGAAAUUAAAUUAAUGGGAUUCCCACUUGCCACCUUAAAGAAAGUGCAGUUUAGUCGCAUUUACGGAAAAAGUUGACAGGGCAGAAUAAGGUCAACGUAAACGUACACUUUUUUAUUAUAUAGAGAUGUGAAUUAUAUAUUCAUACUUACUGGCACAUAAGAAAUAAAAGCACAUACAGCCCCUUUAAAAACAAAAUUUCCAUGUUCUUGAUUGACCUUUUGCUAAUAUGUUGCUAAGGUUUUCAGGUACACUGUUUCGCACACAAAUGUUACAAAGCUAGCAGCAUUAUCAAGACAGCAAACCACUUCUAAUCUGGACUGAUGCAAUUUGAAAAACAUUCAAAUCGUGUUGGAGGAGCAAAGCCUCAUCACAAUUGAAACCACAUUGAUGGCUAGUUUGCAAAAUUGCACUUGGCAAAAGAUAAAUGCUAGCGUGGUGGGCUAUGAACGCUGCAGCUGCUGAUAUUGCUGUCAUAACGUUACAAUGGAAUAAUAAAUUGUCAAACUAACUUUAGCCCUUGGAAGCAAAUAAAUAAUGUCUUUUUGGGAUUCAUCACUCAGAACUCGUCCAUUAUCAAACCAGCCUUGUCACCUGCAGCUUGGACCAAAGCAGAUGAACAAAUGUUUGCCUGAGUGGAGCUGGCGGCGCUUAGCUACGGGUCAAUUGAGCAUGACAAUAUAAAGCUUGUCUCUGGCACAUUUCACAGAUUCACGACAGACCAAAAGACACGUGACGAAGAGGUGUUUUCUCUGAUAUACAUAUAGGCCUAGUUUAAUGCAUAUAUAGGAAUCUUAUGAUAAUGGAGUUGUUAUUUAAUAUUUAAGAAUGAAAUAGGUAACGCUUUGUAAUAACUACACAUUUAACAGCGUUAAUUAAGCGUGAACAAAUAGUUUAUAAAGACUUAUUCAGGCUUGGUAGCUUCUACUUAAUUAACACCCCAACUCCUAACCCCAUAAUUAAGUUGUUACUAAGCCUGAAUAACUCUCAAAGAGGGAACAUCUACUUUUAACUUUUAAUCGCUAGCACAUAACAAUUUGAUUUUUCACUGUUUUGAAAAUGCUAUAGUCGUCAAAAACAAGUAUCCCCUCCCUUUGCUUUCCAUGCUAAGUCACUCCCCCUUCAGAGCGCUAUUACAUACAUCCUGCUAUUGAAACUACUGCACAUCGCAUCAGGUUUGUCAAGAUGCUGUGUACAGUUUCAUAUCAUGUUUUUGUAUAUUUAUGGAGAAUUGUGGUGUGAGAGCAUGGGGAUAGGGUCCGGAACAGAUCGCUGAAUUACUCAAACAUGCAUGGAUGACAUCUUAAACUUGUUCAGGCAUGUUUUUUAUGAGGGAACAUUGUAAUAACAUGGUAGAAAGCUAAAAAAAAAAAAAAAAAAAAAAAAAAUCAAUUUUACAUA